AUGUCACGAAAUAAAUUAGUUGUAAUGAAUGAUAGUUUAGUAUCAGUUCAAAAACGUGUUACAGUUGGUCCACGAAGAUAUCAAUUAGCUACACAUUUUGAUAAAAUUUAUCUAGUGCUAGAACUUCAUGAUGAUGAUAUUGGACAAGAGACAACAUUUACAUUUCAAAAAUGUGAUACGAAUUUUUUAAUGGCUACAUUUCUACGAUCAUUUUUCGAAUGUCUACAUCCAAAGUGCCUUAGCUGGUACAUAUGUUUUAUUUCAUGUGGGGGUUUUUGGCUUGGUUACCAACUGUUAUCUGGUACUGCAUUGAAUGCUACUUUAGCACAGUUUGGUGCUGCUGAACUCGGUAUAACUGGGUUAGGAAUAUUAGGCUUCUAUACUUAUUUAGCCAAAGUUGGUCAUAAUUCAUUGGAUAGACUUUUUUAUCAUGAACAUUUGGCAUUUUUAUUGAAUAGUAUGGGCAGUAAUUCAGAUAAUUGUGCUAAUGAAAACAUGUUAGAAAUACAAUUAUGCGAUAUAUUGGAAAAUAAAUCAAUUAAUUCUGAUAAUAUUGAUAUGAAAGACAGUAAAACAAUAGAAAAAAUAAUCAAAGACACACAUUUAUUCGAUGCCAAUGAAAAGAUAAAUCAGAACCGACCAACACUGUAUGGCUCAAUAAUGGGCUCACAAAUAAAAGCCUUUGGAUUUUUACAUGAUAUUUAUUGUAUUUGUAAAUUACGAUGA